UCAUCAUGCCCGCCAAGCAAAACCACAACAAAAUUUAACCUGUGUCACGUGUACUUGGACGGCCAUGCAUGCUAAUGCGUGCGAGCGCGCAUACAAACAGAGGAAGCAUCCACGCCGCAGGUACGUCGACCAUGCCGCCGACGACUACCGCCACGGGCUCCGUCACGAGCCGCACCCGCCCGCUGCUGGCGGAGCGGUCGCACCUGACCCGCUGCACCAAGCUCCUGUGCUCGGCCUUCCUCACCGUGCUCCUCCUGGCCGGCGUGAUCCUCUUCGUGGCCUACCUCGCCGUCCGCCCGCACCGGCCGCGGUUCCACGUGACGGCCUUCUCCGCCGCAGGCAUCCCGUCCGGCGGGCCGGUGGUCCUCUCGGGCCAGCUGUCCGUCCACAACCCGAACCACGACGUCGCCUUCUUCUUCGACCGGCUCUACAUGUCGGUGCAGUACCGCGGCGGCGAGGUGGUGAGCGACCAGGACCUGACGGGCGGGCCCCUGUACCAGCCGCCCAAGUCCACGUCGCCCGUCGCGUUCCAGGGCGUGGAGGUGGCGCCGGCCACGGUGGGCGGCCAAAUGGCGCGGGACGCGGCGGAUGGAGGCACGGUGGCGGUCACGGUGAAGGUGCGGUCGAGGAUCCGCGCGCGCCUGGCGUUCUGGGGGAACCGGCACUGGCACCCGCUCCACGUCAGCUGCGACGUGGCCGUGGGGCCCGACGGUCAGCUGCUCCCGGAGUACCAGCAGAAGCGGUGCAGCAUAGACUUCUUCUAGGAGACCAGAGAGGCGAUAAAGUACAGAUUUAAGAACUGGCCGUGUGAUGCCGUGUGGGUAUGUGAUCUUUAUAAAAAGUACGGGUGGCAUUCGAUC